AUGGCCGUUCAGGGAAUACUUCCCCUUAAGUUCACCCCCGCCUCUCACGACAUGGGAGUGCUCGCCACUUCAUGGAGAGAAUACAAGGACGAACUAGAUCUAUAUUUCCUUGCUAGUGGGCAAGGAACAGCAGCACAGAAACAGAAGGUGUCCCUCUUGCUGUAUCAAAUGGGGAAGCAGUACAUUAAAGUGUUUCAAAAUGAACUGGUGUUCGAAGCAGACGCUGACAAGGACAAGUACGACAAGGUCUGCUCAGCGUUUGAUAAGUACUUUGAACCAAAGAAACUGGUUAAAAGCCACAUUACCAAGUUUCAAAAGCGGAUGCAGGCCAGCAAUGAGACAAUUUCAGAUUAUAUCACUGACCUGCGUCGCCUAGCGAAAUUGUGUGAAUUCGGUGACAAAGAGGACCGAAUGAUGUCUGUUCAGAUUUCUAACGGUGUCAAAGACGAAGUAUUAAGGAAGAAGCUGUGGGACGAGGAUCUGACGUUGCAGCAAACGAUUGAAAAGUGCCAGACAUUGGAACUACGUGCUGAAAGUGCAGGGUUGUUUAAAAAGCAUAACAACACUGCUGGUGAUAAGGAAGUGAACGCAGCCUAUCGUGGGCGUGGUGGUAGUCGAUCUAGAUCACGGGGUCGCGGGUACACAAACUAUCCCCUUGGAGGUGCCACUGUGAGUCAACAUCAUGGACGUGGACGCUCAACCCCAAGAGUAGCUCAGCAACGCGGGUAUGGUCGUGGACGUCGCAGCCACAGCCAAAAUCAGUAUCAUGGGUCAUGCCAAAAGUGUGGUCAUCAACAUGCCCCUAGACAGUGUCCAGCCUAUGAUCAACAGUGUAGACAUUGCCACAUGUAUGGUCAUUUCGAGAGAAAGUGCUUGAAAAAGAACGUGUGUUUCAUCGAUGGUGAAUGUGACUAUGAUGAAGAACAGUCAUGGUCAUAUGAUUAUGAGCCCACUGAGGAGAUGGACUCCCUCCACAUAUACUCUAUCAAGACUAGAUCAACUACUAGAGACAGUGCAGGUGAUACUUGGACUGUACUGCUGCAUACUCCCUAUGAAAAUGGACGUGGUGCCAUUAGAAUGAAAAUAGAUACACAGGCUCAUUGCAACACCAUGUCCAAAACCUCUUUUGACAGAAUGCAACAGCAUGGUCACCUGCAGCUCAAGUCCACAGCAUCUACCAUCACUGCCUUUGGUAACACUACUGUAGUGCCUGUUGGCAAAACAACAUUUGAUGUCAUCAUGAAGGGUGAAACACACUCAAUUGAGUGUGAGGUUGUACCUGGCAAUGUGCCAAAUCUUCUUGGUGCAAAGGAUAGUGAAAGGUUAGGCCUAGUGAAGCGUGUAUUCCAUGUCAGAGACCAGCCAUUGUUUGAUGACAAAUUCCUGAAGCGCAUUUCAAAUGUUGAGAAAGUACCAGAACCUAUCUUGAAGGUACUUAGGGACUUUCCAGACAGGUUUCCUGAUGAAAGGGUUGGCAAGCUACCUGGUGAGUUUCAUCUGUCCAUUGAUCCAGAGUACAAAGAUGGUCCAGUGUCAUAUGGUAGUAGACCUAUACCAGCAGCUCUGAGAGAUAUGACCAAGAAACAAAUAGAUUUCCUAGAGAGUAAUGACAUUAUUUCCAAGGUACCACCCGGUGUCCCAACACCCUGGUGUAGUCAACUGCAUGUAGUGCAUAAGAAGGAUGGCAAGUCAGUACGCGUGUGUAUAGAUCCAAAGUUCUUGAAUAAGGCUUUCCUCAGAGAGACCCAUCCUAUUAGAACACUUGAAAAUGUACUCACUCAGGUUCAGGGUAGCAAGUACUUUUCAGUACUUGAUGCUAAUCAAGGUUUCUUCCAGCUACAGUUGGACUAUGAGAGUCAACUGCUUACUUGCUUCUCUACCCCUUGGGGGCGCUACAUGUACAAACGUCUUCCUAUGGGUGUCAAGUCUGCUCCAGAGAUAUACAAGCGGGCUAUAGAAGAAAUGUUCGCUGGGAUGGAAAACUUCGCCAAUAUCUUCGAUGAUAUUUUGUUGCACACAGGUGACAUUGAGCACCAUUGUAGAGUACUGAGGAAAACACUAGAGACAGCACGUGAAAGCGACUUGACGUUCAGGUUGAGUAAGUGCAUGUUCGCGCAGCCAGAGGUAGAUUACACUGGUCAUGUUUUGACUGAUGAAGGUGUGACUGUGUCGCCAGAGAAGGUUCGAGCCAUUGUUGAACUUCCUGAGCCUACUUGUAAAGAAGAAGUGCGUACAUUGUUAGGAAUGGCCACAUACUUGUCCAAGUAUAUUCCUAACUUCUCUGAUGUGACAAGUGACUUGAGAGAGGUUGUCAAAAAGAGACAAGAUGGCAAAGGGUCUGAAGAGCCAUUUCACUUUGAUGAGCCACAGCGACAAGCUUUUAAGAAGCUCAAAGCGGCUUUGAUACAAGCCCCGGUCAUGAGUUACUACUCCAAGACUGAGCCGAUAGUGGUUUCUUGCGAUGCCUCGUUGGGGGGCCUCGGUGCGGUCUUGACGCAACAUGACCACCCUAUAGCAUAUGCAUCUAAAACCCUGACUCAGACUGAACGAGCAUAUGCACAGAUUGAAAAAGAGCUUCUGGCCAUAGUUUUUGCUUUUUCAAACUGA